UUCCUUCCCAAACUAGCAUGGGGAAGAUCUGGAUCGAAAUAGGAUUAGUUUCUGCUCGAGGGCUCAAACGACGGUCGCUCUUGAAGCUCCAAUGGUUUGCCAUUGGUUGGAUCGAUCCGAAGAACAAGUAUUGCACCAAAGUCGACCACUCUGGGAAUGCGAAUCCUGCUUGGAAAACAAAGUUCGCUACAUUGGUUGAUGUCUCUAACUCGGAAUUCCAAGACCUGGCACUCCAUGUAGAAGUUUAUAGCAGAGAGCUCAUUUUCCUUCGAGAAAGGCUCCAGGGAACAGCUACUAUUGUCCUGAGAGAGUUUCUGGCAAAGCAUGCAAAGAAUUCUGAUGUUUCCAGGGCAACCAUUGAAGAAGUGGGGAGUUAUCAGCUAAGAAAGGAAAAUUCCAGCAAACCCCGGGGAUUUGUCGAUAUUUCUGUUCGCAUAUCAGAAGAAGGGGCUGAGUCGCAUAAUCACAUAGGUUCUUCACAAGGAAAUGGAGGACUCGUGCUCAUGGAUCAUGGGAAUCACAUAACCCUGACACAUGAAGAUACGUCAGCUCAAGCCUUCCCGCCGCGACUGCCUAUAGUUCGACAAAGUCGAGAAAAUCAUCAGCAGACAAACGUCCCGGUAAAUCAUUCAACGCCGGUACAGAGUAACUCUCAGAACCCAUCCGUAGGUGGACCGAGCAAUUAUCCAAUUAGAACAACUCCGCCGCCACCACCGCCACUGCCUCCACCGCCACCUUCAAAUGUUGGUUUCAUACCCACCUUUCUUCCGAGGACAGAAAAUCUGCCAGGGGCUCGUAUGAACAUGUCUCCGUCUGGAGCAGAUGGUGGACAAGGCAGAGGACCAGGGUUUGGAAUGGGAUUAGGCGCAGGAGCACUCGCGGCUGGUGCUGCCAUUUUUGGUGAAGACUUCCUGUCAGGAUUUGAUGUUCCUAGAGGCUUACAGGAUGCUAGUCUCACUGUGUCAAUGGAUCCCCCCUUCUGAUGAAACAGCGUAAAGGUGAUCAUCUCAUGGCAUUGAAAUUGUAAUUUUCUUGUUCCAACUGUAUGGGUGAAUCUGCAUAGCUAGGCCAUUUAAUGAUUUGCUAGUCUUGCAUAAGUUUAAUUGCGCCAAACCCUGUCGGACGCUCAAGCAGAGAUUGUACAAGAAAGACCUCAAGCACAGCUUAUUGUACAACAUAGCAAUGUCAUUUAUAAGAUUUCGCCA